AUGAUUUCUGUUGUGGGCUAUGAAAAUCAAAAUAAUGUUAUAUACUAUGUUGUGUAAUUUGAGAAUACUGUUCUACAAAAAAGAUUCUCUCAAUUCGAGGAACUCCAUCAGUCUUUGCUGCCCUACUUUCCUUUGCCCAACUUACCACCCAAAUAAUAUGUGACUGUGCUUAUUGGCAAGUCUAUCGAGCAAUUAGAAAAACGACAAAAGGCUCUUGACAUCUACAUCAAAGAGCUGUACAAGAACCCUCGAAUAGUCAAAUCUUACCAAUUUCAAUCAUUUUUAGGAUUGGCCCAAUCUAUCCAAAUGAUUUAUGAAUUCGAAGGCCUUAGCCAACCAAUCAAAGACUUUUCAAUUAAUUUUGACAUGGGUCUGAUGCUCGUCUUGGGAAGCGAGAAGAAGAGCGUGCCUUCCAUCUUUAAUAAAGUCAAUCAGAAUUCAUAAGCAUUGGGAACUUUAGAAUGUUGGCUUUAAAAAGAAGAAGUGUUCAAGAAAGAAUGGACCCACUCAUUCACUAAGUAAACUACUUGUUUUCAUCAUCUUGAGAAUACGGUUGUGGUUGGAUUCAUAGAUGGCACACUUACUUUAUUCCUAUUGAAUCAAUAAAAUGAAAUAGCGUCAUUUAAGGAAUACAACUAACAUUCAUCAAAAGUGCUAGCUGUUCAUUUGAUAAAUGGGUGCUUAUGUUCUGUAAGCGAAUCUGAAUUCAAAGUUUUCUCGAUGAAUAAAAAUAUUUUCUUAGUUAAUUAGACUCUUAAAGAUCUGUAAGGAAUGUUGAUAAGCGAUGAAAAGGCAUAUGUUUAUGACUUGGUUGGAGCCAUCUUUGUUUAUGAACUGCAGAAUUAAAAAAUGUCCCUUCUACUGAAAUUUGAUACUCAAUUGGAGAAUAUCAAGGGAAUUGCAAAAUGCAACUACAAAUUAUACUGUGUGAAUCAAAAUGGGGUAAUACUUAUCUUGGAAACGGAAACGUACACGGUUUUGCAGAAGGGGAAAGGGAAAGUGUAAAGUAAAGAAAUUAGUCACUCAGAGAGUAGACAGAUGAUUUAUGUUGGUAAUAAGGAUGGCUCAGUCACGGCAUAUGAUAGUUCUGACUUUUCGUCUUUGUGUAAGCUAUUCGUGAUGUAUUUAGUUAUAAUAAAUGCCCACAUUAAUAGUGUUAGUAAGAUAAGGAAUUUUGAGAACGAGAACUUGCUAUUAACGGGGGGAGAGGACAGAUAUAUUAGAGUAUCACAUUCAUAUAUUAGUAAGGCUUGGAGAUUACCGAAUGUUUUAAUUGGCGAUGCAGCCAAGUAGUCUUCCUUAAAGCAAAUCUGA